GGUCGCGAGCUCAGUGGCCGCUCAACAAGUAGCAGGGAUGGACCUCUGCCCGAGUCUCGCGUUGCUCUUAUCUCUCGUAUCGUUUGUGCUCAGUCAGACGCAACACAGACGCUUCGAAUACAAGUACAGCUUCAAGGGCCCCUACCUGGCGCAGAAGGACAACCUCGUGCCCUUCUGGACGUACAGUGGAAAUGCAAUUGCGAGCGAAGAAAGCGUGAGAAUCACUCCAUCUCUGCGGAGUCAGAAAGGUCAGAUCUGGACCAAGAAUCCUACAAACUUCGAAUGGUGGGAAGUCGAUGUUGUGUUCCGAGUGACUGGCAGAGGGAGAAUAGGUGCUGAUGGUUUGGCAAUCUGGUUCACAGACAAACCAGGAGUUGAGGGCCCUGUGUUUGGUAGCUCAGACAAGUGGAAUGGAUUGGGUGUGUUCUUUGAUUCCUUUGAUAAUGACAACAAGCGCAACAACCCCUAUGUUAUGGCUAUGGUCAAUGAUGGUACCAAAGUCUACGAUCAUGAACACGAUGGGCUGAGCCAACAACUGGGAGGAUGUCUGCGAGACUUCCGUAACAAGCCCUUCCCUGUAAGAGCGAAAAUUGAGUACUACAAGAAUGUCCUAACGGUAAAAACCCAGCUGAUAGAGUAUGAUUAUUCAAAAAUGGAAGAAGAGGGUGAUGUAAGGGAUGAAAAUGGGACUAGGUAUGACGAACCAUUACAACCAGUAGAACCAUAUGAAAGUUCAACCACCACCGAGUCUCCUACCACAACUGGUGCUCCAUUGUAUGAGUAUGACGAGUACACAACAACGGCCUCUCCUGACUCAUCAACCACUACAAAUUUGCCUGGAGAUGACUCUCAGUCGACUACCACUAGUUGGUGGGGUAAUGAGGAAGCACCCACAACUGUGAGCCCAGACAGUGAAGUAAUUGUCGAGACAGAGUACACACAAGAUGCCCCAGAGAGCAGCCACACUUUUGAGGAACCUGUACAUGAGAAUGCAGAGAGCGAGAUGGAGGCUGGCUGGGGAUGGCUGGGCACCAGUGAGGGCACACCAACAGAAGAUUUGCCAGUGACCUCGACGCCUAAACCCAACAAGAAGAAAACCAGGAGGAGGAGGAGGAAGAAGACCAGGAGAAAUAGAACGAAGAAGAGUAAGAAGAGGCUGGGGAGCAUGAGCCCGUUGUUGAUCCACAAUGGAAUGACGAAUAACGAAAAGGACUACGAGAUCUGUAUGCGAGCUGAGAACGUCUAUAUUCCUCCGAGCGGCUACUUUGGAAUCACGGCCGCCACUGGGGGAUUGGCUGAUGAUCAUGAUGUCCUGAAGUUCCUGGUGACUUCCCUGAGGUCCCCCGAGGAGAUGGCAGUCAUGCAGGCCAAUGCAGAGGAGGAGGAGAGGUUCCGGCGCGAGUUCCAGGAGUACCAGGAGAAGACCAAGAAGGCGCGCGACGAGUAUGUAGCACAAAAUCCUGAUUCCGUACGCAAGGAUGCAGAAGAAGAGUAUGAGACCGGAGAGCAGAGAGAGUUGCGUCAGAUCUUCCAGGGACAAGGACAGAUCCAUGAUCUCAUUCGCAAUCUUCAUGCCAAAUUGGAUGAGAUAAUUGGUCGCCAGGAACGUACACUUGGUCUUGUGUCUGCAGUCCACAGUGGCAUGGGAGGCCAGGUUGCUCCUGCAGGACAGGUACCUCCAGCACAGGUUGGGGCACUACCUGGGGACACUAUUAGGCGUCAUGAAGUGGACUCGAUCCUGAAUAACCAGAGGGACAUUGUGGCAACAGCAAGAGAUAUCAAGAACUUCGUGAAUGAUAUUCACCAAAAGAGCAACCAGUUAUUAACUAACAGCCAGAAGCCUCAAGGCUCGGUCCAGCCAGUUGGUUAUGAUCUGCAUGUUACUCUCAAUGAGAUGAAGGAAGGUCUGAAUAUUGUAAAACGUGAUCUCGGUACAGCCAACCAGCGAUUGACUUCUGGGCCUGCAGGCGGGUGCCCUACAGUCAGCUGUGUCUCAACUGGCAUGUUUAUCACAUUCAUGGUUAUCCAGGUGGUACUGCUUAUAGGAUAUAUUAUAUACAGAGGGAGCAGUGGGGACUCUGAGGGCUGCUUAGUGCGGUGGUUCUCAUCCCGCCACGAGCACUUCCACUAGCGAUUGCGGUGCUAAGAUAACAAAGAUGCUCAAGCAAAGAAAUUUUAUUAGGCUGCCGCACAGCUGCAAGAACUGGCAACUCCACAUUCUCAGGAGUGAAGUCUUUUUCUUUCUUUCAAUUUUUCUUGGUAGAUCAUGACUUUUUAUGCAGCAAAUUUGUAACAGAUUUUAUUUUGAAAGACUAUGUAUGUCACUGAUGUAGGUAUUGUUAUUGUUUGUACAUCAAGACAUUUGGAAAUUACUAGUGAUAUUUUGAUCUGAUACUUGGGGACCUUCUAUUAUUGGGAAGCAAAAUGGGUAAUUUGGGUUUCUUGCUAUUUUGGGUGCCUACGGGCAUUUAGGAAAACCACUAAAAUGAUAUUCUUCUAUUUUUAUUUCUAAUUUUUGGGGGGCUUAAUAUUUGCGUAGGUUGUGUUACAGCCUUCAUAACUCAUAAAAUUAGGAUUACAUUAUCAAGGGAACUGUUGCAAUAGAUCUGGGAAGGACUAAACUAUCUACAAUUUCAAAGAUGGUUUUAAGAAAAUAUGGUAAUAAUUUUUUCAGAAUUGCUUUAACCCAUCACUGCCGGGUAACAGAAGUCCCUGAGCUUGAUAAACUCUGGUGAUUUCUGGCAACAGCCAGACACAGGGCACGGGAGUCUGCUACAUCAAGCGGAAUGUCCCCCUCCAAGUGCUCUGGUGUGUUGCCGCACCAGAGUAUACCACAGACCAAGUGGUUUUUAUGAUGCUUCUGAAAUGGGUUAAAGGAGUUUCUGAUUCAUGCAUUUGAUUGUUUUUAUGAAUAAUUUAUUUUAAAGUGAAUACCCUUCCCCCCCUUCCCCCCUCCCCUCCAAAAAAACAGGAAAAUAUAUAUAUAUGUAGAGGAAACUAUCUUUAUAAAGUUAUUUUGAAGUGCUAAGAUAAAAAAAAAAGUUGUCUAGUUUAACAGAUGGUCCCCUCCAGACAGUUAUUCUGAUUAUCCUUACUUUUUAUUUAUUUAUUUUUUUAUAUAAGAUGUCUUCCCAGCAGUAUUUGUAUGCUAAAUAUAUUUUUUUUAUUGUCUCAAAAAUCCAAAAGGAUGUGCAGUAAAGAAACCUCAUAGCACAAGAAAUCAAGGGGAGGAUUGUAACACGUUUUAAUUUGAUUUACUUCUCUUAAUCAUUUGAUAAAGAGAGAUGUAAGAUGAUACCUUUCUCCUUGUUGGAGGUAGAGUACUGAGAAAAAGGUUUUAUAGGCGGGAAUGAAGUUGUGUGUAAAUAUUGUCACAAUGAUGUAAAUAGCAUAAAACCUGUGUUUUAUAGCAUUUUGGGAUAUUGAGGAGGUAGUGAUGGUGGGAUUUUCUUCCCACGCCAUCUUGCUACAUUUAGUUUGAAGCAUUAACAUAAACCUGUUGGUGAAAUACUUAAGCACCUAAUAUUAUGUCCACCUUGAAAGUAUUUAUGAUCUUUUACUGAACUCUCUUAGAGGUGUGGAAGUGUAUGAGAAGUUUUUAUUUAUUUAUUUUUUAUUUUGCUGUUGUCCUAAACAAAGCGAAUAAUUAAAAAGCAUUGAGCUGUGCCGUUGCUCUCUUGAUGGAAGAGGAGCUGCAGAUGCAAGUGUGUAAUUGAGCAGAAUGUCAUGCUGCAAAUGUUUUAUAAGUGCUUCACCUCCCUCCCCCCCCAUCCAGUACUAGGAUAGUUUACAUUAAAGAAUAUCAUUAGUCUAGCAAGACAGUUGUGUGAAAGUUGCAAGUAAGAAAAUUUGUACGCUAGCCAUGACUCUAUUCGUUAAUACUAACAUUCCCUGUCCUGACCUUCUUAAAUCUUUCAAAAAAAAAAAAAGCAAAAACAAAAAAGAUCUUCCUUAUUUUUUUGGAAUGUGUUCUUGCCAUUGGCAGUUGGCAUUUCUUUUAUAGAUUUUAGGUUUUUUAAGCUUCUCAUUUUUUCUUCACUUCAACCUCUCCAUUUCCAGUUUAUUUUAUUUUAUUAUUAUUUGUUAAUUUUUCAUUUUUUAAGAUAAUUUUUAUUUCACACUUAAUGCUAUGUGAGGACUUUUUUAAUACCUUGGUUAUGGUUUGCCUGUGCUAUUGUCUCGGUUUCCUCUUUGUAAGUUUAUUUAUGUUUUUGCUCAUUGGCACACAGAUUGUAACGAACCAGAUGUUAGCUUUGUUUGAUGUACAAUUUUAUUUUCUUCACUUGUUUGGGUUAUGUUCAAUUAUUUGCAGUUGUACAAGUGAGAUUAUGUAUGAAUAUAUUACUAUUCAGAUUUAUAGAGUUAAUUUACAGACACUAGUUGUAGCGCAGUACUCGUUUAUUUUAAAGCUCCUGGCAAAACGGAGUUGGCUAAAUUUUAAAAGUAACAUUGGAUUUUAUUUUUGCAACUGAACUAGUAAAAGGGUUAGUAUAAAGGCAAUGAAAAAGUGAUCUUUUUUUAUAAUUAUGUGAGAUGGAAAGUACAUUGUUGCUUUUAGUUUUUAAUAUUUACGUAUUCACUGGUGAGUUGAAUGUAUUUUGUUAAGAUUUUGGGAUAAAUUAUUGAAAUAAAUGUUUUCUAUUUUAA